UUUGGCGAAUAAUUCUCGCAAAUAAUGCUCCAACUUUGACAUGGAAGGUAUGCAUAGACUGGCUAACUAUAUCAACGGACACAGGAAGCGGUUUUAUAUCGAUUUGCCCCGCCCUUAUAUACUAAACUGACAUGCCGCCAGUUAGGCCCUCUUUUACGCCGUCCCGCGGCACAUGCGCUGUAAGGGGGUAUACAUAUACGCGCCAAAUUUGCGACGAAAGAAAGUUUUGAUAUCGUGGAAAUGGAGGAGUAUGAUCCUGCAAGUUUGCCCGAUCUCCUGCCGAUUUACUACAAAAGGCUGUUCCCGUACGGACCCUACUUCAGAUGGCUGAGUUAUGGAGGAAUUCAAAAGAACUACUUUACAAACCGAGAGUUCUCCUUUACAUUGAAGGAUGACGUUUACAUACGUUAUCAGUCCUUCUCUGAUCAACAAGAACUGGAGAAAGAAGUACAGAAGAGAUGUCCAUACAAGAUAGAUAUUGGCGCAGUCUUCACCCAUAAGCCAAAGGAACACAAGACAGUCAAAGCGGCUGCAUUUCAAGCUCAGGAAAAAGAACUUGUUUUCGACAUCGACAUGACAGACUAUGACGAAGUCCGAUUUUGCUGCUCAGGAGCUGACAUUUGCCCUCAGUGCUGGCCUCUCAUGGUGAUUGCUCUGAAGAUAGUGGACAGAGCAUUAAGAGAGGACUUUGGAUAUGAGCAUCUGCUGUGGGUAUACUCCGGGAGACGAGGUAUCCAUUGUUGGGUCUGUGACGAAUCGGCCAGGAAGCUAUCCCAGAAUGCCCGCACAGCCAUAGCUGAAUACCUCAGUGUUGUCAAGGGAGGUGAAAAUCAGACAAAGAAAGUGAACUUAGGAGAAUUCAUACAUCCCUCAGUUGAGCGCAGUUUAGAUAUUAUCCAAAACUAUUUUAAAUCCUACUGUCUGGACAAACAAGACUUGCUGGGAGAUGAAGACAAGUGGAGCAAAGUUCUAGCCCUGAUUACUGACGAAAAGUUGAGAUCUAACGUGGAGAGUGACAUCAGCAAACUAGGGAAUAACUCUCUGGAAAAGUGGGAAUUACUGAAAGGGAUUGUCAACAACGCUGUCAGCUCAAACACGGCUGGGAAGUGUAAGCGCGUGGUGGAAGAGAUACAGUUACAGUUUUGUUAUCCCAGACUGGAUGUCAAUGUCAGUAAAGGUGUGAACCAUCUGCUCAAGUCUCCAUUCUGUAUCCACCCCAAAACAGGUCGGGUGUGUGUUCCUAUAGACCAUCAAAAUGUGGAUAAAUUUGACCCAUUCAAGGCGCCCACUGUCAGCCAAAUUUGCGAAGAGCUGAAUCAAGUGGAGACAACUACAAAUGAAGAUGGCAAGAAAAUCAGAGAUUAUAAGAAAACGUCCUUGAGUGGUUGUAUGGAAACCUUCAAUAAGUUUGUAAAAAAUAUGGAGAAAACCUGGAAGGGGAAGCUUAUAGAACAGAGUGACCUCAAGAAAGAAUUCUGAAGAGGAAUUAGGUUGGUGAGCCAUGGAUACACUUCCUUCAUUCUCCUCCUACCAGGUGUGGGAGACUUGGAUCAUCCAUCAAUGAACAGUGCUGCAAUCCAUCAGUCAACAUCCCACUUGAACAUUUCAAAUGGCUGCCAUUUUUUUCUUUCGCUGUACUCUAUGUCUAGGUACUAAUUUUAUCUCUAUAAAUAAAACUUACCUUGGGGAACGCAUAUUUUUAUGUGACAUAUCACAUUCAUUAGAAUUCUACAGUACAAUUGGUUUUCACAUCCUUAGUAUAAACUUGUGGCAUAAACAUUCAAGAAAAUGAAAAAGUAGAAGAUGUUGUUGUAUUAGCCAUAGCAGGCAGCUUCAGCCUUGCGCUGCAAAGGCUACUGGCGGCGACUAGGGGCUAACUUCACAACAGUUACUUAGUGUGUAACUUAAUUGCAAGAGCAGUUUCAGGAUUUGGGUUUCCCAAUGCAAGCUCAAGUUACAGGCAGUUUCACACCUGUUUAAAAAACAUGACUAGUAGUGGACAUGUAGCCUAACAUGUAUUUUGAAAACAAUACUUCAAGAAAGCUUGUUACACAUGUUAACACAUAU